AUGGAAAACUUCGGAAGUAGAAACAGUUCCCACUCAACUCAAGACGGCACUACACCUCCCACCGUCGUCAAAGCGUCGCCUACAGCUGAUGGACGGGAGAAGACUGAACCCUCACCCGCGACUCGAGUUGCGUGCGAUGCGUGUCGUGAACGCAAGAUUCGAUGCAAUCGACAUCGCCCAGUAUGUGGGCGAUGUGUAAAACUUGGCAUCACAUGCCGUUAUUCAAGUCGUUCAACAUCGACCCCAUCGAAAUUGGACCUUUCACGAAUUCUUACGACCUUAAAUAAGCGUCUUCGUGUGAUCUCCGAGAAAACACCUGCUAUGCAUAAUAUGAUGGUGUAA